AGGGACUUGUGAUUGGCUGGGAGUGGUUUUCUAAUGACCAAUCCAAUUGCGCCGUGAGGCUUCCACGUAACGCCCACGUGCCUCGCACACAUGCUUGGUCGAGUCCGAAGCAUCGCAGGUCGACAGUUGCGCCGACAGUCCUCCAUCCCAGCACUCCGUUCGGCCUGCAAAAUGAGCACAUCAUCCUCUCCCAUCAUUCCAUCGCCCAAAGUCAAGGACAACGGGGACGGUGCCCCACUACCGUCGCUCGAUGCUGCUGGUGUUCCCACGAACGAGUCCUUGGCCCAGAAAGGGAAGCGCUUCCUCAAAGUAUACGGCAUGGUCGGCGUAGUGACCCACACGGCGCUGUCCGUGGCGUCCUACUCGCUCCUGUACGUGAGUAUCUCCCGAGGACUAGACGUCGGCACGUUCCUCGGCAGUUGGACCACCAGCGUCCAGGCCGUCGCCCUCGCCAACUCCACCGAUCAAGGGAGCGCGGGUGUCGAAGCUGCCAGCAACGCCAUGGUCACAUAUGCGAUCUACAAGCUUCUGGCACCGAUCCGAUGGCCCCUAACGUUUUUCGUCACGCCAAUUGUGGUCCGACAAUGGAAUCGACUGCGCCUGCCUCCAAAGGACCCGAAAUCCACAGUAUAACCACCGUAAUCACAUUCAAAUGACAGUAUUCAUAUGCAAA